AUGAUGCCGGACGGGAACCUGGAGAUGGUGGCGUCGUACACCGCCCACGCGCCCAGCGCCGUGGUCUUGCAGACGGCGUGCCCCGUCUGGGUCUACUGGCUCGCGCCCGACUCAGAGCCAGAGGGCGCCGAGUUCGACCUGGAGUGCGAGCCCGAGGGAGGCCUCGUCUUCGUGGCCGCCUCGCCGGACCAGGUCCCUGAGGACGCGCAGCCCGUCAGAGGCCACCUGAGCUGCCCCGGCGCGGAGGAGCACGGUCGGGAGCUGCUCGGCGACAGUGUGGGGCCUUACUACCUGCACCACAGCGCGGUCUCUGCCCAGGACGGCGAUGCCUCCUCUCCAGGGUGUCUGCUGGCCAGGCUCAGCAUCCAGAUGAAGGACGGACAGGCCCCCCCAAUGUUCAGAUACGAGGAGCGCGAUCCCCCGCCCCUGGCAGAGCGGUGCCGGGAACUGAGCGGUUGUGAGCUGCAGCGCUUGGCAGGGUGCCCCGUCGUGGUGGGCGACCUGAGGCCGACAGCGCUGCCGCCGCUAGAGCUGAGGAUGGCAACGAGCUGCUGCGGCUGCGGCUUCCCAGGCGCGAAGCUCACGAUUAACGGGCGCGACACCGCGGAUUUCGAGCAGGAGGGCCACGUGAAGCUGCGCCGGCGGCGCCACGGCGGACACCUCGAGGUCCAGGUGGAGGGCGUGCCCGCGCAGCUCCUGGCCGAGGUGCCUUCGCUGCUGCCCUACAAGGCCCUGGGGCCCCAGGUGAUGAGGCUGGACCUGGUCUGCCCGCUGUGGGUCUACUGGGUGCCCCCGGAGGCGGGGAGCGCAGACGAGGUGAACCUAGACGCGGAUGGCAUGAUCUUCUUGGCCUCGGACAGCAGCCAGGUGCCCGAGGAGGCACUCCCCGUGAGGGGCUCGCUGGGCUGCCGCGGCGUGGAGGAGAUAGAGCUGGACGGCACGUCUGUCGGGCCCUUCCUGGUGCGGAGGGCCCCGCUCCCAGUGUCGACCUUCUCGAGCACGCUGGCGGAGAUGCGGUCGAUCUCCAAGAACAACCUCGGCUUCGGCCUGGAAGGGGCCGGCGGAGAUGCGAUCGACGCUACGCCGCAGGCCACGCCCCGCGCCACGCCGCGCGGAACCGGCCGCAUGAGCCUCGCGCGCGGGCCCGCGUCGCCUGGGGGGCCUGGGGGCUCGACGAGCUCAAGAUCACCGCGACGCAUACAGCGAACGUCCACCGCAGCGUUUGCCCUAACGAGGUUCCGCCGCGAGGCGGCGAGCAAGGAGGCCAACGAGGACGAGGGGAUCACCAGCUGA